CUGGUGACUGCAGGUACAGAAAGAUGUGCGGCAAUGUCAGUCAAUGAGAGUACAGGAGGCAGUGAAUCGUAAUUAUGGCUCAUUUGUCAUUGAGAUUUUUGUGAGAUGAGCGCAACUGAUCUCUGUCUGAAAACAAGUAUAUUUAGUCGCACUGGGUUUUAAGGGUCAAACAGUACCUGGGGUUUUGUGUUCAACCACAUUGCUUCCAGUAGUUGUGCUUUGGCUACAAAGGCGCGUCUUGUUGUUUCUUUCACUGUCUUUUAUACGGUUGGUUGUCUGCGCUGUCCGCGGUGCUGAAAUCGUCCCUGCAAGGACAAAAAACGACGACCUCGCCAUCAAACCGUGAAUGAUGUUCACUCUGUCAUCAUAUGUUUCUUCGACCACAGGUGUCAGGCCGCAUUCCUGUUGUCUCACGUGCGCAUCAUGAUCCCUUAAUUGAAUCUAGGACUGCAGAGAAACGAGCACCGCGGGCACGAGCAGCUCUCACGCUAUGCCCGUCACAUAAUGUGGAACAUGGCACGCUUAAAGAUGACAUGUGUCUCGUGCAGACACUUUCUACUGUUCCUAUGUCUGUUUCUACCGACACUCUCAUCUCAUGCACUUGGGAACAUACACAAGCGUUCGGCGGUCCAGCGCGCGGCGGCCCGGUCUGUCGCCCGCAUGGAUGGCGACGUGAUCAUCGGCGCGCUGUUCUCCGUGCACCACCAGCCGUCCGCCGAGCGUGUGGCCGACAGAAAAUGUGGGGACGUGCGCGAGCAAUACGGCAUCCAACGAGUGGAAGCGAUGUUUUAUACGCUGGACCGUAUCAACGCCGACCAGAACCUGCUGCCCAACAUCACCUUGGGCUGCGAGAUCCGGGACUCAUGCUGGCACUCUUCAGUGGCUCUAGAGCAAAGCAUCGAGUUCAUCCGAGACUCCCUCAUCUCUAUUCGGGACGACAAAGACGGAUCUAAGUGGUGCAUCGACGGGACGCCUUUCAACCAGCCUCCUCCCACCAAGAAGCCCAUCGCAGGAGUCAUAGGUCCUGGCUCCAGCUCGGUGGCCAUCCAGGUGCAGAAUCUCCUCCAGCUGUUUAACAUCCCCCAGAUCGCUUAUUCGGCCACCAGCAUAGACCUGAGCGACAAAACUCUCUUCAAAUACUUCCUCCGUGUUGUGCCCUCUGACACGCUGCAGGCGCGCGCCAUGCUCGACAUAGUCAAGCAUUAUAACUGGACUUACGUGUCUGCUGUUCACACUGAGGGUAACUAUGGAGAGAGUGGCAUGGAGGCCUUUAAGGAGUUGGCCGCAGAGGAAGGUCUAUGUAUCGCCCACUCUGAUAAGAUAUACAGUAAUGCUGGUGAAAAGCACUUUGACCGUCUGCUUAAGAAACUGCGGGAGCGUCUCCCCAAAGCCCGCGUGGUCCUCUGCUUCUGUGAAGGAAUGACUGUUCGUGGCCUGCUGAUGGCCAUGCGGCGCCGUGGGGUUUCUGGAGAGUUCCAGCUAAUUGGAAGUGAUGGCUGGGCAGAUCGUGACGAGGUGGUAGAAGGAUAUGAGGAGGAAGCAGAUGGGGGGAUCACAAUGAAGCUGCAAACGGAAGAAGUUCAGUCAUUUAAUGAAUACUUUCUGAAGCUGCGUUUGGACACCAACACAAGGAACCCGUGGUUUGCUGAGUUCUGGCAGUACCGCUUCCAGUGCCGCAUUCCUGGUCAUCCUCAGGAGAACCAUAACUACCAGAAAAUCUGCACAGGAAAUGAGAGCUUGAAAGACAACUAUGUCCAGGAUAGCAAGAUGGGUUUCGUGAUCAAUGCGAUUUAUGCAAUGGCUCAUGGUCUUCAUGACAUGCAUAAAGAGCUGUGCCCAGACCACGUCGGCCUGUGCGAGGCAAUGGAUCCCAUUGAUGGCAGUAAGCUGCUGGACUAUCUUCUCAAGACCUCUUUUACUGGCGUGUCUGGGGAGGAAAUCUACUUUGAUGUAAAUGGAGACUCCCCUGGGAGGUAUGAUAUUAUGAAUCUACAGUAUGUGGAGGAGCUGGGCCGCUAUCAUUACAUUAAAGUGGGGUCGUGGCACGAAGGUCUUCUGAGCAUCAGUGAUUACAAACUCAUGACGAACCGCACUGAGAUGGUCCGAUCCGUCUGCAGUGAACCGUGCUCUAAGGGACAGAUCAAGGUGAUCCGUAAAGGUGAAGUGAGUUGUUGCUGGAUCUGCACUACGUGUAAAGAUAAUGAAUAUGUUCAGGAUGAGUUCACGUGCAGAGCUUGUGACCUGGGCUGGUGGCCUGAUGAUGAACUGGCAGAAUGUAAGCCUCUCCCACUCAAAUACCUGGAGUGGAGCAGUGUGGAGUCCAUCAUAGCAGUCGUGUUCUCCUGCCUCGGCAUCCUGGUAACUCUAUUCGUCACCUUUGUCUUCAUCCAGUUCCGUGACACGCCAGUGGUGAAGUCCUCCAGUCGUGAACUUUGCUACAUCAUCCUGGCGGGUAUCUUCCUUGGCUACAUCUGCCCCUUCACUCUCAUUGCACGUCCCACUGUGAUCUCCUGCUAUCUGCAGCGCCUUCUAGUGGGCUUGUCAUCCGCCAUGUGCUACUCCGCCCUGGCAACCAAAACCAACCGCAUUGCACGCAUCCUGGCUGGAAGCAAGAAGAAAAUCUGCACUCGCAAGCCCCGCUUCAUGAGCGCCUGGGCCCAAGUGGUUAUCGCCUUCAUCCUGAUUAGUUUCCAGCUGGCUGUGGUGGUUACGCUAAUUGUGCUGGAACCCCCUGAGCCGGUGAAGAGCUACCCCAGCAUCAGUGAGGUGUACCUUAUCUGUAACACAAGUAAUGUGGGCGUAGUGGCUCCAUUGGGUUACAACGGCCUGCUCAUCAUGAGCUGCACCUACUAUGCCUUCAAGACCCGCAACGUGCCUGCCAACUUCAAUGAAGCCAAGUACAUUGCAUUUACCAUGUACACCACCUGCAUUAUCUGGCUGGCUUUUGUGCCCAUCUACUUCGGCUCCAACUACAAGAUCAUCACCACCUCCUUCUCCGUCAGUCUCAGUGUUACUGUAGCACUGGGCUGCAUGUUCACACCCAAGAUGUACAUUAUCAUCGCCAAGCCUGAACGCAAUGUACGCAGUGCCUUUACAACCUCAGACGUGGUUCGUAUGCACGUGGGCGACGGGAAGGCAGCUCCUUGCCAGAGCAACAGCAUCCUCAACAUGUUUCGAAGGAAGAAGAAGAACAACAACGCAACUGCCAGUACCAAUCCUAAUGGAAAGUCUGUGUCAUGGUCUGAAUCAGGUGCCAGACCCCAGGGGAAGGGGUCGAGUGUGUUCCACAGACUGUCUGUGCAUGUGAGGAGGCAAGCGGUCGGCCAGAGUCAGACGGCAGUCAUACGACCCCUAACUAAUGUCUCACAACCCCCCGAGUCUGAACAUGAUGCUGGUCUCAACACAGCCCCCAAUGACUCUCACCCCGACGACAAGGAUCUCUACAACCUCAGCGAGGAGCAGGAUGGGGGUCCACAACAUCCUACAACCCACGAGAGAGGGGUACCACUUUCCUAUUCCCCUCCUAAUUUAAUAAACCACAGCACUGAUUAUCCUCAAGAGGGGCCAGUGGACACUCUGAGCUCUGCACUUCCUGAUUCAAGCCCCGUCGCCUAUAAAUCAUCUACCAAUCAGCUGCCUCUUCCCCUGCAAGGUGAGGCGUUCCCUGAGGAAGGUUCAGAAAUGGAAGCUCUCAAUCUCAUUCAGGGGUUUCUGUGUGAGAGUGCCACACAAGAAGAGGAGGAGGAAGAGGAAUGUGUGGAGGAAGAGUUGGCACAGAGUAAGCUGACUCUGCUCACUCCACCUUCUCCCUUCAGGGACUCACUUCAGUCAGGGGGGUCCAUUCCCGGAUCCCCCGGCUCUGAUAACAACCCUCCCUUCACCCAAAAUAUGAACUACACCCCAAAACAGAGCUCUUUUACUCUAUAAAAGCACAUGCUCAGGACAGCGCUGUUUAUUAAUCGAACACUGAAAGAUUUCACUUGCUUACAUCUUUCAAAAUGUUUCGGAAAGCAGGAAGAACUGUAAAAUGAACAAAUGGAACAUCCUGUUGGGAAUAUUUUUCUCCGAGGUAGCGCUGGCAGCAUCCAUUUUCCAAAAUGCUGCAGAAAGUUGGAGUGACAAAUAUUAUUGUGUUGCUGUGCCCAAAAUCCACUGGCUAGUGACAACACAACAGUCAAGGAGUGAUAAUGCCAGCUUGCUGCUUUACGAUUUUACUCUUGACUCACUUUCUGGGAUUUUAUGUGCUUUUGAACUAUGUAGCUGGACUUGGUUCUGAUUAAGAAGUUUAGUUACUAUUGCUAGCAGAAAAACAACCAUGGAAAAAAAUGAGGAUUUUGGAUGUCGACGGCACAGACACAUAAGUGUAUAAGUGCAUACAAGUGAAUCAUAUCUCAUAUUGGGCUGCUGUGUAUCUGGUUUUGUUAUGUGAUUUCCAUUUUUUUUAAGUUUCAGUAUCUGUGCACAAGUCAGAGUGAAACAUGGAAUCCAUGUGCACACAAUAAUUCUCAUUUGGUUGACUGAGUGAGUAAAUGUGGAAUUUCCCUCUAAAGUGCUUUCCAAUUUCCUUGUGGCUCCCAAAUGUUUCAGUGUUUUGGCUUUGUGAGGCAAAGGCAAGAAUGCUGAUUGUAAUUUUAUCUUUUAAACUGAAAUGUGGAGCCAAGGUAAAUAAAAGAAACAGGUUUUUUUUUUUUUUUUUUUUACUUACUUUGUCUCAUGCGUGAACUUUUGAACCUUUGAAAAAGGGAGUGCUGUUUUGCAACGGUUUGUAUACCGUUCUGCCAUCUAUUGUUUUCCACAAAGAUGGUGUCUUUGUAUUUCUGCUAUAUGUUUCUAUGAUUAGAAUGUGAGAUAUUUGUAAGUUUUAAAAACAAUGUCUUAUAACUUGCUCUUUGUGAUAAAGAGAUGUACCGUAUAUGGUGGAAAAGGAAGCUGGAGUAUUAUUUCAGCAACUUUUACAAACUUUUAAAUGUUCCAUUUUUAAACUGCAUCUAUGAGUAGUUGCUUCUAGUGGUAACUUGUAGCAUUUACUGCCAAUCUCGCAUAGGAUCAUCACAUGAAUUUGCGACUGUAACACUUUAAGUUUUGCAGGACUAUUAGAAUGCAACUCUCAAAAGAAUAUUCUUGAAUAUCUUACAUAUUGUAAUUGUUAUAAUGGAUUGUGAUAUUAGGUCUUUUAGUGUAAGUUGUUUGGAACAGAAUCAUUUGUUUAAUAUAAAUGAAUUGACAGAUCGUUUACAUGGUCAAACUUAAAAAUGAGGAAAAUGCUCUUUUUGCCAGGACAAAUCAUGCUGUAAAAUAAAUAUUUUAUAUCUAAAACUAUCUUUUGGUUUUCACCAGUUUCAGUUUUAGAGCUUGAUGGGUUUAUGGCUUCAAAAUGUUUAUGCUCUUUUGUCUUACAAAUUACAAAUGCAAGUGGUUUUAAUACACUUAUUAAAGACAGUUUAGUAUGAGUUUA